AUGCCAUCAGUGUUUACUCAAUGUUUAACUUGCCAUCGAUUGUGUUCACCAUUUUAUUGUCAAUUAGAAGGUUUUGUUUCUUAUUUAAAUGGUUGCGUUCAUAUGUUUACGCUAAUGAUGAUAUCAGUUAUUCGUUAUGCUACAGUUUUUGAAACCAAUAUACAAAAUCGUUUUAUUGGUCAACAUUCAUAUUGGACAGUUAUAGUUUGUUGGUUAUUUGGUCUUAUUUUUGCAUUACCACCAUUAUUUAAUUGGAAUAAAUAUACACCUGAAGGAAUUGGUUUUCAUUGUGGACUAAAUUGGUUUGAUCGAUCACUUAGUUCACGUAUAUAUUUUAUAUUAGCCUUUGCAUUCAUUUACUUCAUUCCAUUAGUUGUAUUAUUAGUUAUUAAUAUAUAUGUUUACUGUAAAAUUCGAUCUUUACUUUAUGGUGCAACAAGAAUAUUACAGUCCAAUCUUUUUGUAAAUGUAUCUUAUCAAAAACAUCAAUCAACUUCAUGUACUUCAUCAUCAACUAGUAGUUCAGCAACUAAAUGUGAAAAACUUGGUUUUGUUAUAGCAGCGAAUUCAGCAAACGUAAGUUCUCGAUUAGGUAUUUCUUCAGCGACACAUGCUUUUCAAAUGAAUUAUCUUAUGCGAUUAAAUCGUUUAAAAGCUGAUCAACGUUUUGCUUUAGCAACAAUAUUUUUAGUAAGUGAAUAUUUACUUAGUUGGACACCAUAUGCUAUUGUGGCCCUAUUGUAUUUAUUUAAUGUACAGUAUAUUAGUCAACAAUCAAUAUUGAUGACAAUAUGUGCAUUUACUGCCAAGAUUUCAAUGAUUCUAAAUCCAUUGAUUUAUCUAGCAACAAUAAAAACUAAUGUAUUCAAAUCGAUAUUGUAUUAUCGUAACUGUUCGUGUUGUUAUUGUCGAAUUAAAAGAAAUAUUACAGUUGCAUAA